AUGGAGAAUAUAAAAGCAGGCUUUAAAGGAGUAGGAUUAAUCUCUUUUAAUCCCGAUACUGUAUUCUCUAGAAUGGAUAUUCGAAUCUGUAUACUUAUUCCUUCUUCACUUCCUCCGAAUCAUAUGCCCGAUUGGAUCUUACAAACACCUCACAAUGCUACCGAAGCUCUUUCACAAGCAUUUUUAGUACGAUCUAUUAUUGCUCGGUAUCAUUCUAGCUCUCCUACACCUAUAUUUAAGGCUACAGAUCCUUUAAUUAAGGGUGUAGAAUACCUAGCUAGUACUGUCACGAUUUUAGCUUUUGAGAAUCACGAUCUUCGAUUGGCAAAUACGGGAUUAAGUAAACGUCGACGUGCUAAAAAGACUCAAUUACGUUUAGGAGGAGCUCUCACUAUUCAAGAGGCUAAUGAUAUUAUAUCACAAAAAGAGGUGGAUGUUCAGAUUAAACACGAUAGGCAACAAAAUGGGCGGAAUUCUAAUAGAGAGGCAUCGGCUAAUCGAUGCUGUAGUAAAUGUGGAAUAACAGAUCAUAAUGCAAGAACAUGUUCUAAUGAUAAUAUAGAUCCUAAAUUAUUAGAUAGUGCUUAG